GUUAUAACUCGGUAGAUGACCGCCAGAUUACACGUUUUAAUCAUAUUGUAUGAUUCAUAUUGGAAUACAUAUUAAUAUUAUUGUAAUGUUUUAAUAUCUUUUUUUAUAACUUAUUUUUUGUUUAAAUAACUCGCGAUGUUCAACGAGAGCAGCCCAAUGUGUGGUGUGUGCAGUGAAAUUUUAUCAAAAUAUAAAUGUCCGAAAUGUUACUUGAGGUACUGCUCGUUGUCGUGUUACAAGCAACACAGAGACUCGUGUGCGCUUGGAAAAGUAAAAAGUAAUGAUGGUGGCAGCAAGCCCACCGAAUCACUUCAGCAACACACACUGCCAUUGACUUCAUCGUGUGCCAGUGCUAAACGUGAAACCAAUGGGCUGUUAAACACUGUUGAAAUCGAAACCGACUCUGAAGAUGAUAAAGUUGAUGAAGAAAAGUUGGAAAAACUUUGGAAGUCUAAAGAAUUGCAAUUGAUGUUGUCCAAUAAUCAUUUGAAGGAUUUGAUCAAACAUUUAAAUGAAUCAACAGAGCCGGGAGAUGAAAUUCAGAAACUUAUGGGCAUACCAAUUUUUCGAGAGUUUGCUGAGCUUUGCUUGAAAAAUGUUGAUAAACGAAAUUUAUCGCAGCUUAACCCUAGUAUUGUAGAAAUAGAAAGUGAUCAACUCUAAAUAAAUGAAUCAUUAUCAUUGAUAUAGAAGACCAUUAUUAUUAUUUUAAUUAUUUAUAUUUAUUGAUAGUCAGAUUGUAUGCAUGACUUAUUCUUUUAUUUGAUGCAUAUAUUUUAUAGACUAUCGUUCAUAAAUGUAGAUAUAUAGAGUAGCAUAAUGAAAGGAAAGAAAUUUUAUUUCAUUUCAAAUAAUUUUUUAAUACAAACUGAUUCAAAACAAGCCAAAAAUUUUAUGGAAAAUGAUAUGAGCUUCAGAAUGGUGUUAAAGACAAACUACUUCAACUUACAGUCCACAUUCUCCAUUUGAUGACCAAUAAAAAGUGGCUACAUUGCCUACAUUUGUGCUGGGUGGGUGGGGUGGAGAUUAGUGACUUUUUUUUGUUAUGAUAUUAUAUUAUAAUUUAUUAUACAAUAUUAUAAUUGGAAUUACUUGAUCACAAAUAAUUUCAAUGUAUAUAUUAAUUUUAUUUUGUCUUUGCAUAUAAUUUGCAAAAAUUUUGUUUAGCAUUUAUCAGAUACUUCGACGAAUAUAUAAAAUUUAAUAAUAGUUUGGGUAUUUAUUUUGUAAAAUUACGAAGCUCAGUACUAUGACCACAAAAUUAUUGUUAAAAAUUGAAAUAUAUUGAUUAACAUAACGCAACGAUUAUACUGAAAAUACGCAUGUGAAAAUCACAACAGAACUGAAUUAAAGAAGAUUAUGAAAAAUGAAUAAAUAUAUGAAAUUAUGAAUUUAAACGAA